AUGAAUGAGGUAAUUUGGUUUGGGGGGAGACGGAAGGUGAGGGAAGACAGGGAAGAGUGUAGGAGCAGUUUUGAACACCAAUUACUUGACAAAAAUCCUCAACGAAAAAUCUGGUCAAGAUUGUGUUUCUACUUGGAUGUACUUGCAACUGCUAAAAAGCUCACUUCAAAUCGCAAGGAACAGUUGAUUAAGCUUCAUAAAUAUUUUCUUAAUAUGAGAGAAUAUAGUGACAAACUUAAAAGAUGUGAAGACCAACUCCAGGUUAGUAGAUAUGAACAUGACAAGAAAGUUUGGGUGGCUGCAGUCAAGGAAGUAGUUCAAGCAAUGGUUGCACAGUGUGAGCAUCUUAAAGUCAAAUACAACAAAGAACAAAUCAAGGGAAGAAAGCUUCAUAAUCAAUUUGAGGAUAUAAAAGAGACAGGAAAGACAUUUACCAUGGAGGUGGAACCUACAAAUGAUUCACCAUCAAAGUUGUCUUCUCCUGGGAUAACUACAUGGGCCAAAAGUCUGAAACUUCCACAACCUUUAGGAGGCACACAAGAUGAAUCUUCUUCAUCUGAAAACACUCCAACAAUGAUAAUGCGCAUGGAUGUUUCAUCUUCAGGAAAGUUGCCAAGUCUCGGGUGGUAUAUUGCUAAAGAUUUAUGUGGUGUUUAUUUGGCAAAAGAGCAGUUUUCCCUUCCAAUAAAUAAAUGA